AGGAUUUGGCGGCUUAUCGAGCGGACUGCAUCGAGCGGUUGAUGCGAGAGGGCUGCGACUUGGACCCCGUCAUCGGCGACACCGAGGAAGACCAGCUCAUUGAAGAAGAAGAACGUCAGUAAACCAAAACUAUAAUGCGAGAAUGACCACAAACCGGAAGUCGUUGUUCAUGUUCCUGAUGAGCCUGGCGUGGAAGUGCCGGUUCAGCAUGCCGCUGCUGCUGAGCGGCUCGGCGGCGGUGCUGGGCCGCGCCUGGAUGUUCCAGGUUCGAGUCCGGACCGUGAACAGUCUGCGAGACCACGAGGUGGCAUUCUUAGACGACGAGGAAGAGGAAGAGGACUCUUGGGAAACGGAAACCGACGACUCUUGGGAGACCAUCAUGGAAGAGGAGGUGUCCUACGGGUAG